CUACCCCAUUGAAGUUUACAGUUAAAAUGGUUAGGUUAGGACAUUGCGACGUUUGCUGGUCACUACUUUCUCUCGUCAUCAUUCUGCGACAUCUCUACUAGCGCUAUAAAAACCACAACAUAAACUCCCAAACAAAUUAAACGUUGCUGAUUGCAUGUGGAUCGUAAAAAAUCGAUGUUGACACGUAGCAAUACCAGGCCACCCUGCAUAGUGCUGUUCUUUGAGCGCGGUUGGGAUGGGCCAGCAGAUCUCAGGCCAGGCGGUGAUGACCCGUCUACCUGAGAAGCUGGUGAAGCAUGCUGGGCUGGUACGCGAUAGCGGCUAUCUCAACUACGAGGAGUUCCUGGCCAGGGUGGCAGAGCUCAAUGACGUGACGGCUAAGCUAGCAGCUGGACAGCAAAAACACCUGAUCUUUGAAGUCCAGACUGGCUCGGACACCUCUGCUCUGUGGAAAGUGGCUGUGAGGAUAGUUUGUACCAAGAUCAACAAAGAGAAUGGGAUGGUGGAGGCGUCUCGCAUCAUGAACUUGUAUCAGUUCAUCCAGCUGUACCAUGACAUCACCAGUCAGGCAGUGGAGGUGCUGUCAGCAGAGGGCGCCAGCCUCCCGUCUGGAACCCUCUCGUCAGGGGACUCCUGCCAGGCCAGCAUGUGGAUGGGCAGGGUGAAGCAGUUAACUGAUGAGGAGGAGUGCUGCAUCUGCAUGGAUGGUAAAUCUGACCUCAUUCUGCCCUGUGCUCACAGCUUCUGUCAAAAGUGCAUUGACAAGUGGGCCUAUGUGACUCCUCGUCAGCUGUUUCAUAUGAACCUUUUGAAUGACGCUUCCUGUAUAUUGUUCCCUCUUAAUGAACCUGGUAGCUUUUCUACUUUAUUUUUGCUGGUCUGAACAGUGGAACGGAACGAGAAAUUCUGCUUCUGCUCAGAAUGAAACGAUUGGAAAGUAAUUUCUGUUCCAACCCCGUCUGUGAACCAAUGCCUUCUUGCCGCUGAAACACUUUGAUGUGUCGCUUUAGUUUCUUUCUGUCAUUUUUUUCAUGUAUGUUUAUUUAAUUUGAUCCCUUAGGUCCUCGGAUUGGGAUAGGGGAGGGUUGUCAUUUAAUUUUGGUAUUAUUUCUCAAUAAAAAAAACUAUCACUAAAAAAGCUUCCAUUAUACUGAAACUGUAUCUAAAUCCAAACUGGUUUUCCAGUAGGCUACUAAGAGAAGCACAUCAAAUAUUUAAAAUGGGUCUCUUUGCUCUUAACUCUCCUUCUUAAAUGAAGUG